ACUCUCUCUUUCUUCAUGGCGAAUCCAAUUCUUUCUUCAAUGCAUAUUGCUGCAUUAAUACUCUCGUUUCUACUCUUCUUUAUAUUGGGGAUGAGUUCUGCUCAGUUGUCCAAAAAUUUUUACGAAACGUCGUGUCCUGAAGCCCUUUCCAUAAUCAAAUUGAGUGUUCAUUCCACCGUGCAAACAGAACCUCGAAUGGGUGCAUCCUUGCUUCGUCUCCAUUUCUUUGAUUGCUUCAUCAAUGGUUGUGAUGGAUCGAUUUUGUUGGAUGACACUGCAAACUUUACGGGGGAGAAGUCCGCGGACCCGAUUAGAGGAUCAAUUAGAGGGUAUGACGUGAUUGAUAACAUUAAAGCUCAACUUGAGAAUUCUUGUCCCGAUGUUGUAUCUUGUGCAGAUAUUUUAACUGUUGUUGCUCGAGACUCGGUUGUUGAGUUAGGUGGUCCUACUUGGAAAGUUUUGCUAGGCAGAAGGGACUCAACCACUGCAAGUUUGAGUGAUGCUAACAUGGAUAUUCCUGGACCAGCUUCCAAUCUCAGUCAACUCAUUUCUGCUUUCUCUAAAAAAGGCUUUAGUGUUAAGGAAAUGGUUGCUCUCGCAGGAGCUCAUACAAUAGGAAAAGCUAGGUGUACGAACUUCCGAAAUAGAAUUUAUAAUGAUACCAAUAUAAAUGCUCCAUUUGCUAGAUCAAUGCAGGCAAUCUGUCCUCCAAGUGGGGGCGACAACAAUCUCGCUUCACUUGAUAGUAGUUCAACCUCGUUUGAUAAUGUUUACUUUAAUAACUUGUUGAGUCAAAAAGGGCUGAUGCAUUCAGACCAGGAGCUCUUCAAUGGAGGUUUUACAGAUUCUUUAGUCAAGACUUAUAGUUCAAAUCCUUCUACUUUCGCUUCAGAUUUUGCGAAUGCUAUGGCAAAAAUGGAUAAUCUCAGCCCUCUCACCGGUUCAAAUGGCCAAAUUAGGAAGAAUUGUAGAAAAAUCAAUUGAGCUCUGUUGAA